AUGAAUGAAUACAAUAUAGAGAUCGAUUUAGAAUAUUGCGGAAUUUUUAAUAACCUUGAAUCCUUUUUAGUUUAUUUCAAUCAAACUAAUGAUAUAAACAUUCCGCUAUUUAAUAUUCCAUCCCUUUUGGAAUACUUCCUUUCACAUGGUGCUGAUAUCAAUGAAAAAAAUAAAAAUGGAGAAACCGCACUUCAUAAUGCAGCUCGGAACAAUCGUAAAGAAAUUGCUGAACUUCUUAUUUCACAUGGUGCUGAUAUCAAUGAAAAAAAAAUAAAAAUGGAGAAACCGCAUUUUAUACUGCAGCUCGGAACAAUCGUAAAGAAAUUGCUGAACUUCUUAUUUCACAUGGUGCUGAUAUCAAUGAAAAAAAAAAUAAAAAUGGAGAAACCGCACUUUAUACUGCAGCUCGGAACAAUCGUAAAGAAAUUGCUGAACUUCUUAUUUCACAUGGUGCUGAUAUCAAUGAAAAAAAAAAUAAAAAUGGAGAAACCGCAUUUUAUACUGCAGCUCGGAACAAUCGUAAAGAAAUUGCUGAACUUCUUAUUUCACAUGGUGCUGAUAUCAAUGAAAAAAAAAUAA